GCAUGACACAUGGAAAUCUACUUCUGUCACUCUAACAGUGGCUGUCAUGUUUUGAUCUCGUUUGUGAUUUUUUGAAUAGGUUCGUUCUAAGGUUCGUUUACAUUUCGUAUGUUUAAUUUUUCCUUAUUUAUUUUAUGCGACAAGACGUGUUUAUACCUAUUUUCUAAUUCAAUAUAUGUCUAAGAAUGGCCUCUGCGAAAAUUGUAGAGCUAACUGAAGAAAAUACGUGCAAAAUAUGUGAUAAUGCUCUGGGCAAGUAUUCCUGUCCAAAAUGCAACAUUCUGUAUUGCUCUUUGGCUUGUUACCAAUCUUCAGCACAUCUAGAAUGCAGUGAAACCUUCUACAAAGACAAUGUUAUGUCUGAGCACAAUCUCAACAAAAAUGACGAAGAAACCAAAGCCAAAAUGUUAGAGAUAUUACAGAGGACUCAUGAAAAUAACAGAAUUUCCCUCAGUGAUGAUACUGAAUCAAUAGAAAGCAUAGAAUGUCCAGCUUAUUCUGUUUUUGAUUUUAUCAAUGGCACUGAUGAUGAAGAGUGUGACUCUGAUGAUGAAGAAGUGAUAGAUAUUGGCCAGAGGCUUAAUGGUGUCAACUUAGAUGAUGCUGACCAGGUUUGGGAAAAGCUGACAGAGGAUGAAAGACAAGAAUUUGUUGCUUUUCUGAAAUCUGAGGAUGUUGCCAAACUCAUACCAUCCUGGCAACCAUGGUGGCUUUACCAUGAUGACAGUAUGGUAGAGGAGUUGGAUAAAGAAGAGGAAUAUAAAAGGAAUUGUCCACAAAUUUGUGGAGAUAUAAAGGACUUUGCACAAAUCACGAGCAAGCAACCAGCAGAGUGUGUCAAGUAUAAUCUUAUAAACAUAUUGUGUGCUUAUGCAUUUACUGCCAGAUUUUUCAAUGGAGAUCUAGAAGAUUUUGCUGCAGAAGCUGUUGCUUGUACAGUUACUAUAUCAUUAACCCUAAGAGAAGCACAAAAUUUCGACAAUUUCGAUAUGGCUGUUAAAUCGGUGGAACAGCAGUGCAUAAACAGUGACUGGAUAGUAUGCGACACGGAGAACAUUCAAACAAUGAGAGAAGAUGUGGACAGGAUUUUACGAGGACCCAAAAAGUCAGAUCAGAACUACUACAUAUUGUGUGCUCUGUCAGACCUUCAUAGGUUGAUGGAUAGAGCGAUGGUGCCAAGUCCAGAUGAGGCAUCUGGUGCUUUCAGUAAAAUGUUCCCAAAUAGUCACUUCCCAUCUGUGAAGCGAGAGACACCUGACAAAAUUGCCAAAUAUAUCAAAAAGAUCGGAUACUACCUCUCUUAUAGCAAAUAUAGGUUUGCUGAUCAUUUUAUACAAUAACCUUAUGCAAAUUUUGUAUAAUAUACAUAUCGAAUAAAUGUAGGUACUCAA